GCGGCAAGAAGGUGGUGGACAAGCUGGUUCCGGGAGCUGGGGGAUUCAAAGUCUACGAGGACUAUUCCGUCAAGCUGAAUCAGACGAACGUGGACGGGAACAACAACAAGUACUAUAUCAUCCAGCUCCUCACUGGCCAUGGCGAGUAUCACACCUGGAAUAGGUGGGGACGAGUGGGUGAGUCAGGACAGACGAAAUUCCAGUCGUUUUCGGAUGUGGCCUAUGCGAUCAAGGACUUCGAGAAGAAGUUCCGUGAGAAGACUUGCAAUGCCUGGGAGAACCGCGACGAUUUCAAGAAGAAGGCGGGCAAGUACAUCAUCAUCGAGACCGAGGAGGGCGAGGGCGGUGGAGACGCUGCACCCAUGGGGAAGCUGACAGAG